UGAGUGUACAGCAACAUGACUUCCCUUCCACCAUCGGCGGUGCUGGUACUAGCGUCAGCAGUCGAGUCUGCUGUCGCUGUAGCCCUCUUUCCACAACACCUUCCGGAGCACCCGCUUCUUUAUAUUUUCGUACGCCUGCUUGGCGUUCAGACGGUAGCAUAUGCCAUCUACUCGAUCUUUAUAUGGCCAUUCUUCCUCUCACCGUUGAGGCAUUUACCAGGCCCGAAGAGCCGGAACCCAAUCAUCGGCCAUGGCAUGACCAUGUUCGAAAAGCCAGCCGGCGCAAGCUUCUUGACGUGGCUAAAGACCAUCCCAAACGACGGCCUCAUUCAUUUCCGCGCGUUCCUCAAUGCCGAUCGCGUUCUGGUCGCCGACCCAAAAGCUCUGCAGGAGAUACUAGUCACGAAAGCGUACGAGUUUGAGAAGCCAGAACCCUUGCGCAACUUUCUUCGUUUCGUGCUGGGAGAUGGUUUGAUCAUUGUCGAGGGCGACAGUCACAAGUUCUUGCGCAAGAAUCUUAUGCCCGUCUUCAGCUUUCGGCAUAUCAAGGAAUUGUAUCCCAUCUUCUGGAGCAAGUCUACUCAAAUGAUCGAUGGGAUCGCUCAGCAGGUUAGGGAGUCUGCCGGACCUGGUGAAAGCAAGACUUCCGUUGUUGAAAUCAAUCACUGGGCUACCAAAGUCACUGUCGAUAUCAUCGGUCUGGCUGCAAUGGGUCGCGACUUCCAAGCCUUGAAGAACAGUGAUGAUCCUCUCAUUCAGGUCUACGAAGAACUCCUCGAGCCGACUAUGGAGAAACAGGUCUACUUCGUAUCGCAAAUCCUUGGACCCGCGAAGCUCAUUCGAAAGCUGCCCUUGAAGCUUAAUGAGCGUUCUGAGGUCAUCGUGAGGACACUGACGGACAUCUGCUUGAAGCUUGUGCGUGAAAAGAAGGAGUUGAUCAAGACCGAACCUGCCGACCACAAGGACAUUCUGUCUCUCUGCAUUCGCUCAAACAACUUCUCGGACGAACAGCUCGUCGACCAGCUUCUGACAUUCCUAGCAGCCGGCCACGAGACUACCUCCUCCGCUUUAACAUGGACCUGCUACUUGCUAGCCAAGCACCCCGAGAUCCAAACCGCUCUCCGAGAAGAGAUCCACAGAACCAUUCCAUCGCCAAACCAGCCACCUCCAUCCGACACAGAUCUUGCACAAAUCUUCGAGUCCGCACCACUCUUGAACGGCGUCUGCAAUGAAUCUAUCCGAUUAUACCCAACCGUCCCCAUCACCGUCCGCAUCAACCCAAAACCUACCACUCUGGCCGGACACGUUAUUCCCAAGAACACCCAAUUCCUCCUCUCACCCUGGGCCAUCAACCGCAAUCCCGCAUACUGGGGCGCAGACGCUGACGAGUUUACGCCGUAUCGCUGGAUCGAUACGGAUGAGAAAACUGGCGAGAAGCGGCCCAACAAUUCCGGUGGUGCGCCGAGCAAUUAUGCGAUUUUGACCUUCUUGCAUGGCCCACGAAGCUGUAUUGGACAGGGCUUUGCGAAGGCGGAGUUGAGAUGUUUGGUUGCUGCUAUUGUGGGCAGUUUUGAGAUGACGCUGGCGAAUCCCGAGGAGAAGGUCGUGCCGCAUGGUGUUGUUACUACGAAGCCGAAGAAUGGGAUGCAUUUGGUUUUGAAACCGCUUGGACCGUGGUAGAUGGAGAAUUUGCGGCUAUGAGUCUUGUUAGAUACCCAGGAAGCUUUUACUGUACAUCGGAAUUUUUCGCUUCGAAAUUUUUAGAGCAGUUCUUCAGAUCUAGAUAUACAUAUUUUCUACAGUGUCCAUGUCAUC